UGUGAAUUCUACCCUUCCACAGGCUAUUGUGAGAACGGGGCAACCUGGGAUGGAAAGAAGUGUGUCUGUCCACAAGGCUUCUUUGGUUACCAGUGCGAGUCCCUCUUAUAUGUCAUCCCUAUAGAAAUCCCGGAAAAAAUCAAUGCUACUGUAGAAGUGUUAGUGAAAGUCACUAACAGGAAUUUCACGGGAGACCUGGAAAACACAUCCUCCACAGAAUUCCAGAACUUCAAGAAACUCUUCAAGGAUCGGAUGGAUAAAGUUUACGAGGAACUUCUUGCUUAUAGAGGCGUGAAUGUUAGGAAACUGCUCAAUGGCAGCAUCGUGGUGAGACAUGACGUGAUCCUCCAGAUCAACUACACUUUAGAUUUUCAGGAUGUGCUUAAAGACCUCAUUAAGACUGUAAAGGCCAAGAUUGUUAAUGAAACCACCAAGCUACAGGACCCUAACAAGUGUCAAGAAACCUCAGUCUUGUGCUACAGUGAGGUGGACACGGACGUGAAUGAGACCCCAAAACUGAGCUUUGACCCCAAGGAGCAGUGCAUGAGGAAAGCUCCAAAGGACUUUGCCCAGUUCUACUAUGUGGAUGAACUGGACAACAGGCUGGUCUGUGUGACUAACUGCACUGCAGGGACGAAGACACAACUGGACUGUCACCAGGGCACCUGCCAGCUGCAGCGCAGUGGCCCCCGCUGCCUGUGCCCAACCUCAAACACGCAUUGGCACUGGGGAGAGACCUGCGAGUGGAGCACUAGCAAGAGCCUGGUGUACGGGAGCGUGGGAGCCGUGGUGGCGGUACUGGUGGUCACAGUGGUUGUCCUGGCCAUCUUUCUGGGCCGAUACCAGAAAAGACUGAAAAGGGCAGUGACACUGUCCCCUGCUAUUCCUGAGUGUGGAGGAUCAGAGUCUGCUGAGCUCUUCUCCUCUGUCUCCUUGCCACCAGCUGACAGGCCCCAUGGUAUUUCUAUUAGCAGGCAGGAGUACAAUGUGUCUCAUGAUUGGCAAGAAGAAGAUGUCUCUGGAAGUUUCCAGAACACAGGCUUCUGGGAAGAUAAGAAUCUGAAGGACAGAUUCGGCCUUGAUACCACUUACAGCCACUUCCGGCCCUCCCUGGACAAUGUGGACUGCACUGCGGAGCUCCACAUGCAGAAGCCGAAGGUGGUGACAUCGGCUCAGUGA